AUGUCAAAGUCCCUGAUAAUUCAUUUUCCUACUCCUGAGAAAAGCUGCAGCGAACUGAUACACAAAGAGAGCUCUUUUGAUGUCAUCAUUAAAAUAGGAAACCAGGAGAUUUUAGCCCAUAAGUUAGCUUUAAGGACAUCAUCAGCUGUAUUCGACGCCAUGUUCGAACAUAAUAUGAAGGAAAAUUUACACAGUAGCAUCGAAAUAACUGAUAUGAGUGCUUCUACUAUGCGGUGCAUGCUGUUUUACAUGUACCACGGAUAUGUACCCCCGAUGUCUUUCAACGCAGCUUACUGUUUGUACCACGCAGCAGACAAAUACUUGCUUUUGGAGCUGAAGCAGUUUUGUGUGAAUGUCAUGAAUCAUACUUUGACCCUUGAAACUCUUCGAGAUGUUGCCUUGACGUCAGAAUUCUUCCAAGACGAUUCUUUAAAAUAUUCUAUUCUUCGACUAUUUUCUGAGUUAGGUCAUGAAAAUGUGAUAUCCAGUCCCCAGUGGCAGGCUUUAGAGGCGGAAAAACCGGAUUUAGCCAACGACAUUAAAGAUACAUUUGCAAUUAGUCAAGAUCGGUAUACACGAUACAACUGCAGAUCGGACUAUGAUGUUGUUGCCGAUGAAACUGAGACUAAUAGUGCUAUUCCUUAG